AUGUCCCUCGAUUCUGAGUUUGUGGCCUUCGUUCUGGACGUCUACCGUGAGCCCAGGAACUUCUUGGCCAUCACUGCUAGAUACGAGUCCCCGGAGUCACUGUUGGGAGAUGGCUUGGCCUUGUGCUCUGGGGGCGCUUGUUCGGCUUGGGACUUUGUGGUUGCCCGAAUUUCCCCACAGGGUCUGGCGGCGAAAGUCGGCAUCCGCAUCGGCGAUGGUCUCGAGGCCGCAACCAGCGAACUCGAGUUCAGCCGUGGCCGGCGGGACGAGUUUGUACGAGUGCAGCCGGAUCCGAAGGUCGAAGACGUUGUCCGGGCGCUGCAGACGGGUACAUGUCCGAAGUGUUUUCCGCUUUCCUUACGCUUCCGCAGGCCAGCCCACAUGGAGAUUCUUGCGGAGGACACGUGGACACUGGUCGAGGCACAUGCCACGGAGAAAAAGCUCCACCCCGACAUCCUCAGGCAGGGGACGCUCAUCUUGCGAAUGCUGGCUCGAGAGCGGCAGCUGCUCGCUGCAGAGCAAACGGUGCGCCCUCCGAGGAAGAUCCGCCCCACCUUGGACUUGAGUCUUCUCGGUCCGUCCUCUAUUCGAAGGCCGGACUCCCAGGUGCAGUCGCCCAUGAGCGUGGGAGCCGCACCGAAUCUCCCGUCCAUCUUCGCACAGUCGCCCAUGCAAUCGCCCCAAUUUGCUCGGAGUAUCCGACCAAUCUCGGACGGCAUUUGCCUGCCCAGCCUAUCGAAAACGCGUUCCGAGCCAGCACUGCCAAAGCUUCCGUGGGGAAGGAUUACCUGA